AUGAGUUCUCAUGAAGAAGAUAAUGAAAAGGACGACAGUCAAGGGGAAAGCAGUUAUUUUGGAGCUGCCGUUGCGGGUGCUAUCGGUAUUUUUCUUGGUGCGGGCAUUACGUACUUUGCAAGCAGGAACACCGCAACCGAAAACCCACAAUGUAACACAUCAAGUAGAAAUUUGAGACCUUCCAAUAGCCAUUCCAGUUCUAACAGUAAUUACCGCAAUCGCGAUAAGAUUUGUGAAACAUGCACCAUUUGCUUAGAUAAUACGAAUGUGGUCACACUUCCUUGCACUCAUUUGUUCCACUACACCUGUAUCAAGCCUUGGUUCAUGAUUAAUCAGAUCUGCCCGACUUGCAGAGCACCAGUUGAUCCCGCUUUCAUAAGAAAAAAUUUUUGA